AAGUUCUAAACCACUACAAUGAAACGGUCGGAGGAAGUAACCGAACCCACCACCAAGUUCGCUCAAAAUGGAUGCCGAUGCAAACAAAAAUUAACACAUUCAACGGCCUAUAUCAUCAAGCGGAUCGUUUACGUCCUAGCGGGGAGGACGAUGCUUAUGUAAUGAAGCAAGCGCUAAAGGAUUACAAAAACAAAGAAAAAAUUGACUUUGCUCAUAUUGCGGCUUGGGAGGUUGUUAGAACAAAUCAAAAGUGGUCGCCGAUACCUUUAUUGAAUGAAGAAAGCUCCGACUCGGGUCGAAAAAGAAAGUCUUCGGAUUCGGGAAAUUAUGCACGAGGAUCACCGAAUGUCGAAAUCUCGAGCGGAUUCGAUCUUCCCGACAUAAACGAGGAUCCUUCACCACCACCAAGACGACAAGCGAGGAAGGACAAAAAGGACAAAGGCCCGUCUUUAACAAACGAAAAUCCAAGAGAUAUAACACACAAAUUCGAAGAGUACAAGGCCAUGAAAAAAGAGAUAAUGGAAAUUAAACGUAUACGAGAAGAAAAAUACUUUACCUUGGCGGAUGAGCAACGAGAGGCGUUGCGACAAACAAUGUUCGACAAGGACUUGGAGACGUAUAAUCGGCCCACCGACAAUGUUCACCCUGCUAUGUUGGCAAUCACACUCGCUAGAAAACGUGAGAUCGCAAAAAAAUAUGGAUGGCCUUGUGAUUUUUAG